AUGUAUCGAAAUCUGUACGACACGGACUGUAUCACAUGGUCUCCCCAGGGUCGUGUUUUCCAAGUUGAAUACGCGAAACAGGCAGUCACUCAAGGCACCUGUUGCGUCGGGCUUAGAUCGAACUCGCAUGUGGUUUUAUGCUCCUUGAAAAAAAGCCCUUCAAAACUGGCAGGGCACCAGCAAAAGUUAUUUUGCAUCGACGACCACAUAGGCGUUGCCAUCUCGGGAAUUACUGCCGAUGCCAAGGUGCUGUGUGAGAUAAUGAGGAACGCCUGUCUCCAGCACAAGUUCACGUACGACACAGAGAAGCCUGCGGCCAGACUCGCUCUCCUCGUUGCAGACAAAUGCCAAAACAACACGCAGCGCAGCGGAAAAAGACCCUAUGGGGUCGGUCUGCUCAUCGCUGCAUGCGACUCCUCUGGCCCCCGCCUUUUUGAGAACUGCCCAUCCGGCAAUUAUUACGAAUACAACGCAAUCGCUUUUGGAGCACGAUCACAGGCCUCCAAGACGUAUCUCGAAAGACACUUCGAAACCUUUAGCAACGCAACUGUGGAGGAGCUGCUUCUCCAUGGCGCAAAGGCGUUGAAGGCUUCCAUGGCUGCCGAUACGGAGCUGACGGCUGAUUGCCUGUGCGUUGGUAUUGUCGGCUGCGGACAGCCUUGGCGGGAGCUGACUGGGGAGGAGCUGCAGACUCUUGUCGAUCGUCUGUCGAGUGCGGAGGCUGGGGCUGAAGGUGCCCCCAUGGUCGUAGAGACACCUGAAGCAGAGAAGAUGGGGAAGGCGUCGAAGGCGCGAAAGCGCAAGGGACGACAGGGGCACCUCAAGGCGAACGCCAUGGACGAGGAUGCACCACAGAAGGGCAAACUUCAGGCAAAAUCUCAGGAAGUUGAAACGGAGGCAGACAACGACUCGAGCCACAGUAUUUUCAAGCGCCAGGCUGCGGAAUGGAAGGCCAUGAAGCAGCAGGUCGCCGCACUCAAACAGCGAAAGCGGAAACUGAGGAAGAAGCUCCCUAAAGAAGCUAUGGAGAAAAGAGAAAUCAACAAGACCAUCAAGCGUCUGCUUCAUGAGACCAUGCAGAAACAUGAAGCAGAACUCAAGGAACAUGGCCUGCAAAAGAAAAUGCAAACCGAUAUCUCAGAGGAGGACCUCGACAUCGAUCAGUGA